AUGGAGUGUCUUGGGCUUGCCUUGGAGUGGGAGAAUAGCGUGGGGCUCCGCACACGCAUGCGGGAAGAGAAAAAACUCCUCAUUUACCCUGACACGGAACAGUACUGUGCACCCAACCGGGUGAAUGCAGUGACCAAUGGUUUGGUGCUGAUUCCGGUUCUCACGCGCCUUGGCAAAACUGCAAACCAUCGUCUACCACACUUGGAUGAUUUGGUUGAAGAAGUUGGCCGUCUUUUCCAGAAAUGUGGACUUUCUUUGGGGGACAAAGCCAGCUACAAGUGCAGUGUGGAGAUUAAAAAGUUGGCUGGCUUUGUCAAACGCCGCAGUGCUAGGAAGGAGGAGACCAUUGAUGCCUACUUGGCUUCAUGCCGCCGUUCAAAAUCUUGGAGUGAUGAGGAUGCUGAUGACACCUAUGAGGAAGAAGAUGCGCAGACCCAAAAGGAGUUUGAGGACUUGAAGAAAUGGUUGGAUGCAAGCAUCCCUUCCGCUGAAGCUCCUCCGGUGGUCACUGCACCAGCAUGUGACAAGUGCAAAACUACACCUUGCCCACCCAGCGGUGGUGUUGUUGACAAGUUGCAAGCAGCGCGGCAGCUGAUCCUCAAGAGGAUGGCAGAGCUCAAGAGCCAGAUCCUUGCUCCAAUACCCUUCGAUUUGGCAAUGCCAGUGGAUCCGGGGGAGGUUGAGGAGGAGGAGAUUCCUGCGACCCAACUUGUUCCAGAAGACCCCAAGGUGCUGACUCGCCGUGACCAACUCAAGUUGAAAGAGGCAAAGGAACAGGCAAAGAAGGCUCAGGCUGAGGCAAAGAAGAAGGGCGAGGGGAAUGAUAAUGAGAAGGCGUUGACAAAGGAACAGGCCAAAGCAAAGAAGGAAGAGGAGAAGGCAAAGAAGAAGGCAGAGAAGGUGGCAGAGAAGGAGGCAGAGAAGAAACGGAAGGCUCAAGAAAAAGCCGAAGCCAAGGCAAAGGCCAAGGCAAAUAAAACCAAGGCCAAGGUUGAAGAUGGUGAGGCUACUGGUGGAAAGCCAGAAGAGAGGGAGGAGGAGGAGCCUGAGAAACCUCGGCGGAGGUUGAGGAGGGCACUAGGGGAGGAGGAGGCCGAGGAUGAGCCAGACCCAAAAGUAUCGAAGACAAGGGCCACUGCCAAGGCCAAAGCGAAAGCAGAGCCAAAGCCCAAGGGGGCCCCCAAGGGAAAGGCAAAAGCUAAGGCGGUGGCCUCUCCAAAGAGAGCUCACAAGGGUGAUGAUGAUGAUGAUGAAAUUGAUACGCCCAGGAGGGAAUUGUUCAAGUCUGAUGAUGAGAAGGAAGAUGAAGGAGAUGCUACCCCACAUAUGCGGUACAAUUCCAAGACUGGCAAGGUCGAGCCCCUCAAAGAGAUCCUGGAGAAGUGCAAGCCUCAGGCACACAUGGCUGCCAAAAGGCAGCAGGUCAAGCCAGCUGUCGCUGCACCUGCCUCAGGUGAGCCAGGUGAUGAGGAGGAUGGCAAGAAGACAAAGGGCCAGCGGAAGGGAAAGGGCAAAAUGAACCUGUCACCAUUUGCGAAGAAGGAAGUGAAGCGUAGAAAGAAGCUUGAGGAGGGGAUCAUGAAAGAGGCAGCCCGUGAGGACCCUCAGAUCCAAGGAAUCCUCAUGCAGCACAUGAAGAAUGUGGAGCGAAUGACUGCGGAGGAGGAUGUGAAGGAGUACCUCAUCUCCAAUCUCAAGGACUUUGACUUGAACAAGGAGUUCAGGCUGAAUGAGUAUUGGAAGCGGCCUGCUGUUGGUGUGAAGGUCAUAUCACUUGGGGAUGGCUCUGUGAGCAAGGCCCCAGAGGUUGCCUACUUUGGGAAGGUAGGCACUUGUUGUGGAGGGUGGAAUGUGCAAGUGGCCUUGGUCUAUGCAGCUGCUUCAAUGAUGGCUUCGUGGUUGGCGGACUUGCCCAACGGUGAUUUGCAGGAUUUUGGGAGCCCGACAGGUGCUCUUGUUUGCAGUGCUCUUGGUGGUAUGGACCGAACUCCCAUCAAAGAGCUGGGAGGACAGUUGUUUGUUCAACUGCACUUCUAUGUCCUAGGUGCACUUGUGUGCAUGGCCCUGGUCGUGUCCAUGCGCACCAGAGGUUUCCCAGCUUUCCUCAGCCAAGUGCUGGUUGUACACAAAGCUUCGUGGUAUCAAUAUCACUAUGGCGCAGAGACCCCGAAGAGGUUGUAUGCCUUUUCCAACUCGAGGCAUGUCUCCAGCUUAAAUCAAGGACAGCUGCUGGGAUGGGCCGCAAAGAAAAAGGUGCUGAAAGACAAGGGCAAAUCCCAAGACUUGGUCGUUCACUAUGAUGAUUCACAGGGCAAGCGGAGAUGGAAGGGAACCAAGGCUCUACGCGCGAGUGAGUGCUACCCUGCCAAAUUUGGCCUCAAACUAGUGGAGCUGUUCCACUCCAUGAUCGCAGACAAGCGUGGGAUGCCUGAGUUGCCUGCCGUGGUUCCCUCAGCAGAGGAAACCUUUGCUAGCUUAGAGUUUGAUGACGUCUGGUCGGAAGCCCACAUGGUAAACGUGUGCCAUUACCUCCGGGCAGGCGUCCACCUGAAAAUCCCACCAAGCUUCAGGGGCCUGCUUCCUACGAAGCUUUGA